AAAACCCCCAAAACAGUAUCUUCACUUUUAUAUGAAUUGCAGGUUAAAUAAUUUACUAUGCUACUAACUCUUAUAUUACUAUAUAUUAAGGUCUUAUAUAAUAAAGUUCCAAACAUGUAUUAUUAAUUUUUACACAAUUUAUAUAUCAAGUAAUGAACUUUCCUGAAUAUAAUUAGUGAAACGGUAAACCAUAGUUCUACCUCGAAUGAGCUGUAAUGCUGAUAAAUAAAAUCUGGAGCAAUUCUCAACGGAUUAUGAUAAGAGAUAUCAGCAUUGUAAGUUCAGCAAAUCACAGAAUAUUGUUCAAGCCUUGUAGCCACAUGUGAGAGGACUAUGUUGGAUGGGUCCCCUUAGCAAACAUCUUGGAUAAUUGAUGGAUUGGAGAUACCCAAGUGUGCAUUAAUUGCUAGACAAAGGAUCUUGAUACCCAAUGAGAUCAUAGAAAUAGAUAUCACUAGAUAAGGACUCUUCCCCUCUUACUUGCUAUAAUAUGGUAAAGUGAGGCCCCUUGUAACUUCAUCUCAUCACAGCCAACUUCAACAAUAUUUCAAACCAGCAAAUACUCUCCUUUCUCUUGAGAUAAACCAUGGCAGCUUCUACAAUGGCUCUUUCUUCCCCUUCUUUUGCCGGACAGGCAGUGAAACUUUCACCCUCUAACUCAGAAAUCAGUGGAAAUGGAAGGAUCUCUAUGAGAAAGGCUGUCUCCAAGCCUGCCUCAUCUGGAAGCCCAUGGUAUGGCCCAGACCGUGUUAAGUACUUGGGCCCAUUCUCGGGUGAGCCCCCAAGCUACUUGACCGGCGAAUUCCCUGGUGACUACGGGUGGGACACCGCUGGACUUUCAGCAGAUCCAGAAACCUUUGCCAAGAACCGUGAACUCGAGGUGAUCCACUGCAGAUGGGCUAUGCUUGGUGCUCUUGGAUGUGUUUUCCCCGAGCUCUUGGCCCGUAACGGUGUCAAGUUUGGUGAGGCUGUGUGGUUCAAGGCUGGAUCCCAAAUCUUCAGCGAGGGUGGACUUGACUACUUGGGCAACCCAAGCUUAGUUCAUGCACAGAGCAUCUUGGCCAUCUGGGCUUGCCAAGUUGUCUUGAUGGGAGCCGUUGAAGGUUACCGUAUUGCUGGUGGGCCUCUUGGUGAGGUAGUCGACCCAUUGUACCCUGGUGGCAGCUUUGACCCAUUAGGUCUUGCUGAUGAUCCAGAGGCAUUUGCUGAGCUCAAGGUAAAGGAGAUCAAGAACGGUAGACUUGCUAUGUUCUCUAUGUUUGGAUUCUUUGUUCAGGCCAUUGUUACCGGAAAGGGUCCAUUGGAGAACCUUGCUGACCACCUUGCAGAUCCAGUUAACAACAACGCAUGGGCCUACGCCACAAACUUUGUCCCCGGAAAAUGAAUAUCGUAAAACAAUAUUAAAAUUUCAUUGUUUGAUGCCCUUGUAAAGUUGUAGUUGUGAGUUUACUUGACAAUAGAAUGGAUUUUUCUUAUAUUCCA